AUGCCCAAGAAAACCUCGACUUCCGACUCGCUCGCGCAGGCACCCCUCAUUCUCCGCACACCGGAACUGUCGCCCCUGGCGGUUAACUUUGACCAACUCGGCAACAGCGACGCACUGCCGUCGCGCUCUAAUCCGUACCCAGGCGGCAUGAGCCCUAAUUCUCCUCGCACCUUGUCUCAGGCCGACCGCCAAUUGUCCGUCGUAAGCAAACAUGACCAUGUUCACAAGGGCAGCGAGUGGAGAAAGAAGUAUUCGGCUCUUAUCGGCGGCAGUGCUUGCAGCAAUGACAACCCCGCAUCCAGCCUCCACCACACCGACUCGUUCAAAGCAGACCCUUCCUCCGAUGUGACCACGACGAGCAGCACCGCGGCUGCUGGACUGUACAUCUCGGCGCCUCUAUCCCCGCCUGUAGGGUAUCCCAUGCCUGGCUCUGCCCAGCAGUCCAUGCGUGCAGCAACACCUGUGGAUGACCCUCGCGCAUCCGUCAUCUCGUCGUCGUCAUCGGGUUCAUCCCAUGCCGGCUCGACAAAGAGCUGCGGAAGCAGGCCCACACCUCCGCAAUGGGCACAACCACCGAAGAAGAUGGCCAACCGUGCGUCGUCCUUCGACUCGGGCCUCGACCGGGGUGCUGUCGAGAGACCUCCGGUGCGAGGGGCUGCUGAACAUAACCCCGAGCAGUUUAAGGGCCCAGCUGGCGAGUGGGUCCAGAUUCUUCGUGGCGAAGAAGGCCGCAUCGCCAUCAAGAGUACAUCGUAUCAAUAUGAAGUACUUGCAUGGCUACCCCAUUUCUCUAUAAAUGACAUUACAAUUGUUACACGCAAGAAUCAUGUGCUGCACAUUGUCGCAGACCAGUGGGAUGAGAACGAUCAUGCGCAAUGGGAAAUCCGUCUCGGCGAUGACGCGGCGAUGAACUCGAUUCGUGCCAUGUUCUCCGGCUCGGAACUUGUCAUUACCGUCGCUCGCAACGCCAAGCUCGUUCCCAGCAAUGUGUCGGCGCAGUCGGACGUCACGAUGCGGACGGCGUCAACACGCGCACUGAGUUACUCGGGUACAGUUGGUCAUCAUGAGCGUAGCUUCAGUUCGCCGACGACAUCGUGGUCCGAAAACGAUCGGCGCGAUCUGGAAGCUCGGAUGUCUCGUGGGGCCGAACGGUUCUGA